GAUGGUCCUUUUCGCGGGUGCUCUACAAACACACGCCCCAAACUAGUAAAAAUCAAGUCUCCAAAACACAGUCAUUAGUUUACUGCUAAUUUAAGCCGGCAUUAAUCCGUUCUUACUACUACACUGACUGCUGAGGCAGCACAGGAUGGUCCCUUUCGCGGGUGUUAAUAAGAAAUUGCAGACCACUUUUCCGCGGGAAACCGCGUCAUCUUCCUCUGCUCUUCUUCCCCGCUCUAUAUAAGCUACUCGAUCCGACAUCCGACAUCCAUCCACCACCGCCUCAGCAGCUCUUCAUCCAGUAGUGUGGCACCAAGACAAAGCAGAGCAGCGAUCACUUGGACCAGAGCAGAACAGAGCAAGGAGCAAGAAAUUAAGCAAUGGCAAUGGCGUUGGCCAAUAUGGAAGUCGAUCAGGACCUCCCGGGCUUCCGGUUCCACCCGACGGAGGAGGAGCUCCUGGACUUCUACCUCUCCCGCGUCGCCCUCGGCAAGAAGCUCCACUUCGACAUCAUCGGCACGCUCAACAUCUACCGCCAUGACCCCUGGGACCUUCCCGGCAUGGCGAAGAUCGGGGAGAGGGAGUGGUACUUCUUCGUGCCGAGGGACAGGAAGGCGGGGAGCGGCGGGCGGCCGAACCGGACGACGGAGCGCGGGUUCUGGAAGGCGACGGGGUCGGACCGGCCCAUCCGGAGCGCCGGCGACCCGAAACGGGUCAUCGGGCUCAAGAAGACGCUCGUCUUCUACCAGGGCCGCGCGCCCCGGGGCAUCAAGACGGACUGGGUCAUGAACGAGUACCGCUUGCCUGAUGUCCAGGGUUCCGGCUCUGCAGCGCCGCCCAAGGAGGACAUGGUGCUCUGCAAGAUCUACCGCAAGGCCACGCCGCUCAAGGAGCUCGAGCAGAGAGCCUCUGCCAUGGAGGAGCUGCAGCAGCAGCAGCAGAGGUGCGGGUACGGCGGCAAGAACGGACCGUUCGUGGCCAUGGUCGCCGGAGACAGAGACGAUUACCUGUCGUCAUCGUCGUUCGAGUUUGAUGACGUCGUCCAGGACAACUUCCUGAUCCCCUCUUCUUCGUCUUCCUCGUCGUCGGCGGCGGCGGCGUCUGGUAACAAUAAUAAUAACAGGAAGAGCGAUCACGCGCCGAAAGAAGCCAAGAGGGAAGCAGAGGCCGCGGCAGUCACCGUGGCAUCGAUGCCAUGUCUGCCGCAAGCGGCAAGCCAUGGAGCGUCGAACACGCCCGGGCUGAAGCUCCCUGCGGCGAGCCAUGGAGUGUUCGACUUCGACCUGCCCAGCCUGCAGCAGCUCACGGCGGUGGCUAGCCAUGGGAUGAGUGAUCUGCCCAGCCUGCAGCUCCCGGCGGCGGGGCAUGGGGCCUUGGACUGGCUGCAGCAGGACCCGUUCCUGGCACAGCUGCGAAGCCCGUGGCAGGACCAGCAUUGCCUGUCCCCUUACGCGCAUCUGCUCUACUAUUGAGGGGGCAGAAUUCGGGUGAUCGAGCUAGCAGGCGAUCCAAUCGAGCUGCUGACGAACUCACCAUCUCCAGAGGCCAAGCUGUGCCAGAGCAGUAGUAGUAUGCAGGGUCGAAGCAGAGUAUAGACGGUUAGCUGUGAAUUUCACCUGUACAUAGUAGUACUCCCUCCGUUUAAACUUCAGCCCGAAUAUUACGACUUACGAGGCCUAGACGUCGAUUUUUUUAUUUGUUCUGUUUUGUUCGUUUUGGAAAUGUGAUGUUUAACAUGGCAGUUAGAAGUAAAGUUUGGAUGAGUUAACUUGGAUA